AUGAACCGUCAAUACAGUAUCACAGCAAGCUUCACGGCAUACCUCACCUCGUGGGGCUCCUAUUACAACGGCCAACCUCUCCGCCCCUACAAGGACGCCACAGUCCGGCGGAAGUCGGGACGAGAUGCUGCCCUGUGGGCAAAGCAUAUCCGGGUGUACAGGAAGCAGAUGGAGGCCGUCCGGUUGCAGGAGCCGUUGUUUGUGAGGCCUGAUACGCUUUUGUUGGAGAAUAAUAACAUUGUACGUCAGACGGUUGCUAAUAUCAAUCGGCACUCACCGGUCACACAAUUGCCGUCCCUGGCGAAGCCAGACGAGCUGGUCUCGUCUCCCUCGUCGCUAGCACAAGCAAACAACAAGCUCACGAAGCGGAAGCGCACGCUGGGCCACGACGACGAGCCAACCAGACGACUGGCGAAGAAGCCUCGUCCGUCAGCAAAGCAGACGGCAAGUGACGAGGAGAUUGCGAGACGACUUCACCUGGAGAUGAAUGGACGGGUGAAGCGCAGGGGGUCGAAGUAA